CUUUAUGUUCGCAUUCAACUUUGAAGAGCAGUAUGAAAAUUACCCUCUUAUCACUUCUCCAGACCUAGGCUUUCUAUAUACUAGAAAGAAGUUAAGAUCAUUGAGAAGGACAUUGGCUAGCGAGUCUAGCCAAAUUGACAGCGAAGGCUGCAAUAGUCUGAAUCCUGAAGAAAUGUUGAUAGAAAAUUUAAUCACUACUAUUGAAAAUAAAAUGGUUAAGCAGAUGAUAAAGGAUGCUAUUACCAUUCAAAUAACCUGUUGUGAUUAUGAGAACAUUAAACCAGCGCAACACAAGGAAGGAGAGAAAUAAGUCACUUGUAUCUAUGUGGUUUAAAAGGCAAUUACUCAAAAGCUCAUCUAAUAAACGUAUAAAUUUGAAUAAAGUUAAAUAAUCAAACUAAGAAACCAAACCUGAAUUCUUACCAGAAGGAUUCAAGCGCAAUGCUUAAGCUACAGGAAUAUAUUAAUCGAAGAAAUUUCAGGUCUCCAGAGACCACAAGAGUACAGACACAUCAUUCUAACAAGAGAACAAUACACUAUUUUAAUAAAAGGAAGAACAGUUUAGACCAGAGCUCUCAAGUCAGAGGCAAGCUUCUGAGCCAGAAAGCAUCAAGAGCAAUUCUUCACUUUUUAUGAUUUUAGGUACAGUUUCAGAACCAAAUUGGGAGAAAAUUUUUGAAAAGAAGAAAAUUCCUCAGAAGAAAAAUAGAUAUUUCCGAAGGAGAUAUCUCUAUUUUCGAUAAACCUUAUGAUUUUGCGACGAAAUCUCCUCGUGAUUCGCAGUUUUCAAGGUUCACCUUGAAAACUCAGAACACAUUAAAGGAGUUUCAUUCACCAGUCGUCAAGCUUCAAAACUUUACUGAAAACUUAGGGAUUCAGCAAGGUGGCCAGAUCUGAAAGCUUAAUUUCAAGAUAACAAAACCUAAAAAGCGGAAACAGAGAAAGCCUUUCAAAGGCAAAGAUUUGAAGAACAUGGCAAUCAAUCUGAAACCACUGAGAGCCAGUGCUUCACUAAGGAAAGACAGAAGUCUUGCUCAGAGGUAGGACACUCUUAAUAAUUCCAUGGAAUAAAAAUUUGCAGU